AUGUGCCUUCAAAGAAAAGGUAUAUAUAUGCAAGCUUUGCAACUCGAAAUAUUAAGAGAAAUAGCGCCAGCUAAGCCAAUUAUUAUCGGGACUUGCAAACGUGCUCCACAAUUUCGUAAAGUUGUACAAGCCCAGGCCUUAUAUUCAGAGGUGCACGAAGAACAUGAAGUUCUGUUUCAAGAACACAAAACCAUCAAGGUUUUAUAUGCAGAAUCCAUAAAAAGAAUCGAAGAAUCAAUGAAAGAAAUUGAUCAUUUAAAAAGUACUGUUAAAACACAGACUGAAGAAAACGAAAUUCUACUCAAAGAUAAUGAAGUAUUGAGACAGAUAAACCAGUCUCCCGUUCAAGAUGGCUGGAGAAAAGAUAAAAGAAUGUCCUUACGCAGGACCUGGUUUUCAUACCAUCCACUUGACCAACAAUUUCCCAAUCCUCACACAGAAGGUUACGAAUCUGAAAGGAUUUACAGGCGAAACAAUUCUAUUGACAACACCAGUAAAACUGAACGCACUAAAAUACCUAGACGUGCGCAUACUUUCCACAACGACCGCCAAAAACCAAAUCUGAACGGUCGAUCACUCGAUAGAACCCAUUCCCUAUCUCGUAGUGUAUCUCGUAGCCAAUCAUCGGCAAGCUCAAGGUCACGUGGAAGUAGUGUCUGUAGAAGCAGCCAAUCACUGUACAGUACUGAUUACGAUUCAUUUGAAAGUGACUCGACCUUAGAAAGCGAGGUCUCGUUGGAUUUCGAGGUUGAAACUUUUAGCCGCAGAAAGAAAUUUACGUCAUCGUCGCCCUUUAGUCCGAAACUGAAUGGUGGUAAAAAGACGGACCAGGAACCCGCGAAAUGUCAAAGUUGGUACAUUGCAAUAAGUCCGGUACCGAAUGUUAUCCACGAAGAAGAACAUAAAGAAGAUAUUGAUGAAGUUAAAAAUGAAGUUGAAGAAGGAUCGUUUGCUUCAAAGAUUCCAUCAUUUAACAGAAAUAGUGGCUUCCGACAGAACAUUAAGAACUGUCAAACAAAUUCAUUAAAACCUUCAAAUCAAGCUGUUACCACCGAUGAAGUAUUAGCUACCGUUAAACAGGGGAAAUUAGAAACAGCGCAAAAAACAAAGAUAUGUACAAGAAAUCCAAUCACAUCAAGAUUGGAGAGACUCACCAAAACAUAUGGGAAAGAUGGAUGUACUAUACUGAAGUUAGAAGAUCAAUUGAAAAGUUUAAAUCAGGAAAAAAUUAAACUUGAUUCACAACUUGGUAAAAUACCAACGAAAACAUCGGGUCGUUUAACUCGUCAGUUGGCGGAAAAAGAGGAAAAAAUUCACCGCAAACUUGAGAUUGUCACCAAGGAAAUUGGGUCUGUUUGAUUGGAGUUACGCAAACUAAAAACUCCAGUUAAAUCAUAACACCGUGUGGAAAAAAAGAAAAGUCUGCUAUUAUAACGCUAAUAUUACGGCAGACGAUACUAGUUCCGAUGUUACAAGUGCAGUGCCGAGUCCUUGUAGCAAAACUAAGGCUAUGUGGCGGUAACGAAUUUCUUAUGGGGACUAUUUUUACCACAAUUUCGAUUACCCGUUAUGGACGCCUCCAUGUUAGGUCUUAUGUAAAGACUUUGAUAUGGACUCUUUGCUUUAUUGGCACGCCAAUGUAACUUGAUUUUCAAAUUGUAAAUAAAACAGAUUUUUAAAAUAUUUAGUUUGUCCUAUUGUAUAUAAAACAGAAAACAGAAUUUAAAAUAUGUUUCAUUGUAGAUAAAAGUAUUAGGUUGAAAGUUUUUUCAAUGUGGCAAAGGAACGUUUAUUUUUCA